AUGAACAUGUCACUUGCAAUUCCACGUAAGUUUCUUUGAUUUACAACUCUUCAAGAGUCAAAGAUUCAAAGUUGAUAACAUUCAGUUUAUAUUCCCAUUAUAAAAAUAAUUUUUUUGUGAAAGGAAAAAAAUCUUCAUUACUAUAAAAAAGUCACGAGGCUCGGAAAAAACAAGACAAUUAAUUAUAUUUUUCUGCACUUCUUUUUUGAUUAUUAUUACUACACUUCUUGUUUUUCACAAAAACGCAAGUCAAAAAAUCAAAGAUUGAAAAGCAUACUGUAGAUUUUCGUAUUGACAGUGCUGAAAAUUUCGUUUUUUAUUCAGAAAUUCAAAAUUAUGGGGUUGAAAAUUUUGUUUUUUCAGUCAGAAUUUUUGGAAUUUGGCCUGUGGCUAUUAGAUGAAAACUAAUUUAGAAUUGUUGAAUGUUCGUGUUUGGCGGGUCCAGAUUCUGAUUUUAAUUGUUGCUAAAACAAACUUCAAAACAAUUUAUUUGGAAAAAAUUAUUCUUAUUCUUGAUAAUUUUUACCUGAUUAUCAAGUGUUUUCCCACGUGUUAUUUUUGAAAAAAAACAUUGCAAACAGUUUCAGCUUAAUUUCAGAUCGCAUUUUUUUUCACAUUGAUAGUUCAUCUAUCAUACUUUGAAUUUCAUUAAAACACGAAAAUAGUUCAAUAAACCGGUUUUGGAUUGUUUCAAAAGUUUUCAAACAAUAUUUUUUCAUUUUUUCUCUGAUCAACGCAGCAAACUAUCGUAUUUUGUUCUGAACUGUGUUCUGUUUUUUUUUACUUUUCUCACGAAACCUUUUCUUUAUUUGCACAGCUUUUCGAAAAAAAAAACAUUUGAUCAAGUAGUUAAAGUUUUGAUAAAAUUUUAUUCACAUCAAAAGUUCCGUUGUCCUGAUAGUUUUGAAUAAAAUUAAAAUUAUCAUAUGGUUGCAUUACUCAUAAUGAAUCACACAAAACUAGAUUUUUUUGAAUAUUUUAAGGUUGUUGUGAUGGAUUUCACAUGUUUCAUAAAAUAAGUUGAAAAUGACUCAUUUCGAGAAAUUGAAAAACAACAAUGUUUGCGUUUUUCAAGUUUCGUAUAUACUAUUUUCGUUAAAAAAAUAUGGACGUGAUAGCUGAAUGACUGAUGUUUCAGAUGAGCAAUAUUUCAUCCGACUUUCUCAUCCAAACUAGGAAGUUACAACAUCAAAUGUUUUAUUACAUUUUUUGAAAUUGGGCAAUACAUUUAAUCGGUAGGUAGAAAAAGGCGAGAAUUAAUUGAACAUUGCCAACUUACGUUUUCGUUCGGUAAAGGUUCAAAAUUUCUAGAUUAUACACACUACACUAGAAUGAGCCAUAUGUUUUAACAUUAUCAUUCAAAAACGCAACGGUAAAAUGAGCAGAACCCAUCGAACAUCAGGAAGCUGUCAUUUUUAAACCCCCGGAAUUGAGAAAUUCAUGAAAAUAUAAAGCGAUUCUUUGUAAUCGAAGAGCAUUUUCUUUAUUUGAUAACAAUUUCUUAAUUUUUGACACCUUCUAAUCUUAAAUUCUGUUGAAAGCAGGUUUAUCAGCUGAAAAUUGGAACUUUUUGCUAGUUCUUUGUUUUGUAUGCAUGUUUUUUUGCCUUCGAGAAGUUCUUUACAGAAAAAAUACCGGUUUCAAAAGGCGAUUAGUUUUUUCUUCUCUUUGAGAUAAUAACAAAACGUUUCAAAUGUUUUUUGGUAGUUACAGUAAUCUGUUUGAACUUUAUCUUUUUUUUCAGACAAAGUACUUUCACUUCGAAUUAAAAUCAGAUUUUUUUCAUUGUUCGAACAAAACUCAGAUUACUGUAUCAUAUGAAUUUUAGGUUCUUAUCAUAUUAGUUCACAUUUUUCUGGAAGUAAGUCUCUAACUUCACAUGAAUUUUUGGGUACAGAAAUUAGUCAGCUAAAUAUCGGCAUGUUCAAAAAACAUUUGAUAAUGUAUUUUUGAUCAGGAAGUCGUUAAUAAAUUGAAGAAAAUCACAGCAAAAAGAUAUGACAUUUGAUAGCUUUGAUUUCUCACGAAGACAUUUUUGGGUUAGAGAGUGCUUUUGAUUCUUUCAGAAACAAAAAAUCAGAAUUUUUUUUGAGCCAUUCCCUCAUUUAUCAAUUGUUUUAAAAAUUUUCUAAGUGUUGUUCUAUCUAGUUUGAAAUUUUCUGAACGAAUAGAAAAGAAAUUUCAAGGAUACAUUUCAAGGUGAACGAAAAAGCUUCAAGGAUAAAUUGGACAACAUUUUCCCACGUUCCCUUCUGUCCAAAAACAUUUUCCUAUUCAAGAUCUCAAUACAUUCAUUGUCACUACAGUAAUCAAUUCUCUCUGUCUACAGUACCAAAAAAACCUCAAUAAUAGUUCAAAAUAGGUGCAAUUACAGUACCAUGUUCUAGAAAUCGAAAAUUGUUAUUGCUUUUUUUGUGGAUUGCCCUCCCCUCUUUCACUGUUAGAAACUCCACCCAUUGCUGAUUUAUUUGUGUUUUUUUUUUCGUUUUUAAAACCACCACUAUUUUUUCCUAUUUAAAAAGCGGGGAAACCCCCUCUUAUCAUAUCAUCCUUUAAGGUUGAGAGUUUUGAAAUAAAUUUAUUUCAUUUCAAAAUGAAAGAAUUCAAAAAAUAAAAAAUAAUAAUUCCAGAACCUCCAGCAACAAUGGCUUUCAUAUCGCCUGUGAUUCGAAAUGACUUCAAUUUGUAUGAAAGAAAGAAGCCAACACAAAGAAGUCGAACAAUAUCAAGAACAACCGGAUCACAAAUAUCUCCAAAAAUGUCUGGAAAAGAAAGCACAUCUUUGGAUUCACUUUUGGAUAAACAAAAACAAUUGCAAAUUAUGAGAGAAAAGCACAAACAAAAAAGGUUAGUUCAAGCUUUUCAUGAAGUGGGCAGGAUUUUUUCAAUUGAAAAUCUACCCGUUCUCGAAGAUUCUUAUUCUUAUCGUUUUUCUUUUGGUUCUACUUUUCACUGAUAAUCAGCCUUGUAAACAACUUUCGAAGACCAAAUUUAUCAAUAAUUGAGCAACAUGGAAAUAUUUUGAUAUUCAUUGUUAAAUCUGAAAUCAAGAUCAAAGUCCAAACAACUCCAAACUUUUACUAUGAAUAUUCAUGUGUGAAACUCAUAAAAAUCAAAAGAGCUCUAAUCCACUUGAAAAUGUCUACGUCACUGCACUCUAACCUCGCUCUCUGCCUCUGACCCAAUCUUGAAAUUGUUCUUAUUUUCAACUGAUAACUAACUAAUAGUCGAAAAGCACAGUAUCAAAAAUAAUUCGCUUAUCAGUCUAAUUCAAAUUUGAAAACAACAAAACCAAAAAAAAACGAAAAAAAGAAAAAACAUGUAAAAUGUGACUUUUGGGGAAUCCCAUGACAUUUCAAAUUAACAUCAAUUACAGAAAUAUUCGAAGAAAUACAUUGAAUUUUCGAAAAAUUUCGGUUAUCACUGAAACCGAUGAAGAAGAUGUUGAUGAAGAUCAGGCAAAUAUGAAUAUGGAGAGCUUGAGGAAACAAUUCACAACACAAUUGUCAUCGCCAAUUUGCGUAAGUUACUAGAAAACACUCUGUUUUCUAAAGAAAGCUAUUUUGAAAAACUUAAAAAAACAUUCUUAAUUGAUUCCGGAAUUAAUUUUUUCCUAGAUAUUUAUCCCACAAAAAAGUUAAUGAGUUUUGUUUGAACCACAGAUUCUAAUUUUGAAGCUUGAAAAUUAUGAUCAUUGAUGUUCAGCACUUUGCGUAAACAUUCAGUUUUUUUUUUAUAUUUUAAAUGUUUAUUAAAAUUUUCCAAAAAAAAAAAAAAAAACUAAAUUGUCAGAUGUUCUGUUCUCACCCUCUGUUUUUUUCAGACAUUCCAACCAAUUUCCGAAGAAGAACAUCCGAUUGAAAUCUCAUCAAACUCAUCAACCAGUUCACAAUCUGAUCAAAAGAAAAAGAAAGGAGUAAUGUCAAUGCUCCAUGAAUGGAUCCACAAUCAUUCUUUGAAGCGAAGAAGACCAAAAGUCACUCAACAAACACCCAAAUAA